AUGGAGCCCGCUCUGGCCCAGAUACAUGCCCUCCUCGGCGACUUUCCCGCAGAGCAGCAGUCGCUCCAACGAGCUUUGGACCUUGCUCGGACGGUCGAUCAAGCCGUGUCAUCUGCUCAGCCUCCUUCGGCGCACGAUCAAGCCUCGGCCGUCCAGUUGCUGCAGCGUCUGUCGGUCCUCGCCACGCCUCCAGCUUCUUUUUGCGCCGACGAGGACGACCUCGAUGCGCCCGCUCGUCUCGCCCAGGACGCCUUCCGCCGUCACGCGCCCGCCCUUCUCGUCCUCGCCCAUUCGCUCUCCACCUUGUUGCCUGUUCCCGACGAUCGGCCGAGCGAGGCCGACCUUGCCUUACGUGCUCAAGCCGUGCUCGCCUGCGGACGUUUCGUCCACGAGGACCUGUCGGGCGGCGUGAGCGGGCCCGAGGCUGCAGCAAGCUCAGCAGCACUCGUCGACCGCUUGGUCCGCCAACCUCCUCACGUCCGCCUCCCCCUCGUUCGUCACCUCCUCAGCAGCUCCCUCCCGCCCCUCUUCAAGCCGCACCCGAAGCUCAACCCGGCGACUGGGCGCGUCCUGUCCCGUCCGCUCGGCGGCGACCGCGCGAUGACCGACUGGUUCGAGGAGAGCGAGGACGGCGCGACGAGCUGGAGGUGGCAGGCUGGGCUCGGCAGCGUCGUCAAGCUCUUGAUCGCGGCGCUCGAGCCCAGCGAGGUCGAGGACCUGUGGCCAUUCCUCCUUCCGCCGGUCCUCACGUUGCUCGACGACUACGAGGCCAAGAACAAGUUCGUCGGCGUCUCGAUCCUCGACAAGCUCCUCGACAAGGCCGACGCGAGCCUGCUGCGCCGGACAGGCGUCGGCAAGGUGUUUGAGAAGUCGCUUGAGAACGUGUUCUCGGCGUUGAGCGAUCCCCUGUCGCCCUCUCUCCUUGCCGCCGCGCACCCCAUCGCCCUCAAGCUCGUCAACCUGCAGCACCCUCCUCUCUCGUCGUCGAGCGCCACCUCGUCCGACCAGCCGCGCUUCGACGCCUUGUGCUCCCUCCUCGUCGCCUCGGUCGCCCACACGUGGGAGUUCAAGUCGGGCAACGUCGCCCUCGAGGCGGUGUCGUGCGCUGCGCUCGCGCCCCUCGUCGACGCCCUCGGGCCCGGCUCGAUCCGGUACCUCCAGCUCGUCGUCCCGCACCUGUGCGACGUCCUCACGGCGUCCAACGGCGUGUGGUCGAUCGAGUCGGCGCACAUGCUCGGCGCGGCGGCGCAGGCGCUGCGCUCGGUCGUGCGCAACGGGCGCGCGAGGAUCGGCGGGAGGUGGGAGGGCAGGGUUGUUGCGGCGGUCGGGCAGUGCUGGGUCGAGGUAAGCGAGGAUGACGCGGCGCGCAAGCUGAGACGGGCGAGCGAGGGCGGCAGGGUUGCGCUCGAGGAGCUCGAAGAGGCGCUCAGGGCGGUCGUGCGCGAGCUGGGCUCGAGCGGUCUUCUCAAGCCGUCGUCGUCGUCCUCGCACGUCCUGCAGGACCCUGCCUUGCUCGCGCUCUUCUCGCCUGUCGCAGCCUCUUGAGCUUUGUACGACGUGUCGAGCUCGAUGAGGCAACACAGAUGUACUGCACGGCGAG